CGGGGAUGGACACAUAGGAUAACAUGCCGGGGAUGGACACGUAGGAUAACAUGCCGGGGAUGGACACAUAGGAUAACAUGCCGGGGAUGGACACAUAGGAUAACAUGCCGGGGAUGGACACACAGGAUAACAUGCCGGGGAUGGACACAUAGGAUAACAUGCCGGGGAUGGACACAUAGGAUAACAUGCCGGGGAUGGACACAUAGGAUAACAUGCCGGGGAUGGACACAUAGGAUAACAUGCCGGGGAUGGACACGUAGGAUAACAUGCCGGGGAUGGACACGUAGGAUAACAUGCCGGGGAUGGACACAUAGGAUAACAUGCCGGGGAUGGACACAUAGGAUAACAUGCCGGGGAUGGACACAUAGGAUAACAUGCUGGGGAUGGACACAUAGGAUAACAUGCCGGGGAUGGACACAUAGGAUAACAUGCCGGGGAUGGACACAUAGGAUAACAUGCCGGGGAUGGACACAUAGGAUAACAUGCCGGGGAUGGACACAUAGGAGAACAUGCCGGGGAUGGACACGUAGGAUAACAUGCCGGAGAUGGACACAUAGGAGAACAUGCUGGGGAUGGACAUGUAGGAUAACAUGCCGGGGAUGGACACAUAGG